UGUUAUCUCCGUAGUCGACUCCCCUGAUGCGCGGAAAAGGCGAUGGGAUACGUCCGCACUCUAGAAGGCCAGGUAGCGGACCUGGAGAAGGAACCCGAUGAUGGUCUUAAAGAUAGACGUGACAAGGUGGAGACAGUUCAGUGGUUGAAGGAAAUGCUGACGGACGAAGCGCUAAGUCGCAGUACUCGGCACUCGCCGCACCUUAGACAUGCUUACACCCAUUUUGGGUAUUUCUCAUUUUUUUUCUAUCCCGUUCUUUCAACACCAAGUCAUAUGUCCUUUCUAAGAGUUCCGUUCAUAUCUACUACGCCCUGCAUUGCUCUUGAAUUGUCCGUUUUGUUAGAUUCGAUAUUGUUGUCGUUUCAUGACAGGCAAUAUAUAUCUAAGUGCUGUGUAUUUUCUUUUCAUGUCGCUUCCCUUCUACUUUGCACUGUUGUGUUGGCACUACGUCUAGCUCACGAUCAACGCUGGAUCCCAUCGUGAUUUGGACGUUCAGAGACGUUGUUGCCUAGCAGAAACU